ACUCUCUUCUCUCACAACUCAAAACCUACUUCUAGUUCUCAAACACCUAUUCUCUUUUUACUCUUCUUUUAUUUUAUCACUUCCAUAAGCUGAUCAUGGGUGUCUUCACUUAUGAAACUGAGUUCACCUCCGUCAUCCCACCAGCUAGAUUAUUCAACGCCUUUAUCCUUGAUGCCGACACUCUCAUCCCAAAGAUCGCUCCACAAGCAGUCAAGGGUGCUGAAAUUGUAGAAGGAGAUGGAGGCGUAGGAACCAUCAAGAAGAUCACCUUCGGUGAAGGCAGCCAGUUCGGCUGUGUAACUCACAAGAUUGAUGGGAUUGACAAAGAUAACUUUGUCUACAGCUACAGUUUGAUCGAAGGAGAUGCCUUGUCCGACAAGAUUGAGAAGAUCUCUUACGAGACCAAAUUGGUGGCUUCUUCCGAUGGAGGAUCCGUCAUCAAGAGCACAAGCAACUACCACACCAAAGGUGAUGUGGAGAUCAAAGAAGAGCACGUUAAGGCUGGCAAAGAGAAGGCAUCCCACCUCUUCAAGCUUGUUGAAGAGUACCUCCUGGCCAAUCCUAAUGAGUACUGUUAAAACUCAAUUGUAUGUUAUCAGUUUGUUGUUCAGUUUUUCAUGAUCUUCCAGUUUCAUAUAUUACAUCAACAUCUUAUUCCAAUUGGAAUAUCAUGAAUUGAUUGUUGUAUUAUUUUCAACUAAAAUAAUGAGAAUCUCCUGUUAAUCAUUAA